GCACUAUGAUUUUAAAUCCAUUAUUCUAAUUAAAUAAAUCGAAGAUAUUAUGACACAUCUUUUCGCAUAUGAAUAUUUUUGUCUGAAAAUUGUUUGAAGACUUUUAAAUAACUAUGAAAUUGUUUGAUAUCAACUAAAUCAAGGAGGGACCAAAUGUUUCUUAUUGUUAGACGAUUAUUUCUUAUCACUUAACUGAUUUAUUUUUAUUCUGUUACAACACAAUCCAAAGAGAGAAUCUAUUGUUAGGCUAAAAUGAUAUUUUUGUAAAAUAUUCUACAAUCUAUUCGGAGCUACAAAUACUUUGAAGUGUAAAUUUCUUUGUCCUAAUUGAUCAGUCGAAAGCUUCGAAGUAUCGUAGUGCUAAUUAUAAAUGUAUCGCAAUCAUGGUCUUAAUAAUAAUAAUAAUAAUAAUAAUAAUAGAUCGGGGGAUGGUCUUCGAACACAAAGGUCCACCAAUGGCAUACAGACCUAAUCAUAGUCAUACAAUUUUGUGAAUUUGUAGUUUUAAUUGGAAUGAAGAAAAAUCAAAAUAGAAUAUAUUCCGAUUGAAUCUCAAAGAGAGUUAAAUCGAGAAAAUAUAUACUGUAUCUUACGACGUCAAUGGUAUAAUAGUAUAAUUUACAUAACAUUUAUUGUUAAUAUACUGUAUGCAAAAGCUAUUAUUUUAUUUCCUUAAAUUUGUAACAAGAUAACACACUAAUGCUAUUUUUAUGUGAAUUAUUUGACAUUUUGAGCUUUGAUCAUAAAAUUGCAUCGAAUCAAGAUUAAUUUUAACAAAUCUAAAUUAAUUGCAUGUUAAAAAUAUUAUAAAAAGGAUUUAGAAUUCUAUUUUUUUAACAUUUAAAAUGUAUAAAAAGAGGUUUUAUUAUAUAAUAAUAAUGUGUUUAUAAAUUUUCUUUUAAUCGCUAACUGUAUAUUGAUAUUGAUCAUUUAUAAUAGCUAUAUACAAGUCGGGAGAAGAACUAAUCUUAUUUUGAAAAAACGAGAAAUUUUCGUUAGUAAGACAGAGGCACGUAUAUAUGACUUUCAGCAAAAAAUACGAAUAAAUAUAUUUAUACACUAUUUAUAAAUAAAUUUAUUUAAGUAUAAAACUAUUUAUUAUGGUAAAUUUAUAGUGUUGAUACAUAUAUACAAAGUGUUAUCCAAAAUACAAGGCUCAUAAAAAAAUCGCUUAUCUUUACUUUCUACCACUUUCUUUGAAAUUUUUUAUGCUCGAGCAUGACCUUAGCGUUUUUUCUAUGAUCGUAUGAGAAAUAUGAUCGUCUCUGAAAGUUUUCAAAUAUUUAAUCUUCUUGAAAAGAUCCUCAGUUUUUUUCUGUCACUAUUAUAUGCGAUACGUGCUGAGCCCUGAUUUAUGAGAUUUAACAAUUUUACUUGAUCAAAAGAUAAGGUUAAUUCCUGCCUGUUUUAUUUGCUCGAACGUAUCCCCUGUAAUUAUUUUUCUUAUUUACCAAAAUGGUAUUCUAAUCGAAAGAUUGAUAUUUUGAUUAUUAAGAAAAUUCAGGUAAAAUAGGAGGUGCAUCAAAUUCAAAGACUUCCAACAAAUUUUUCAUAUAGCACAGAUUUUUGAGAGACAUCCUAAAAACAUUUCCAGGGUGUCCUUCGGAUAAAGUUAUGUUAUUUAGUAGGCAGUGAUGUAUGAAAUCAUGGAAAAAAUGUUGUGAUCACUGUAUCCAUGCUCAAGGAAAUUACUUCAAAGGAGAGGAUAGAAACUAGAAGUUAAAAAUAACCAGUUUUUUUUAUAGCCAAAUUUGCCAAACUUUUGGAUAGCACUUCGUAUAUCCAUGGUCGAAGACUAAAGUGUUAAAAAUGUUAAAAAGUUGUUAUAAUUAUCUUGAUUAUCAUACUUUUUGUUCGUGUUAUAUGAAUUAGUUCACGUCACUUCUAACUUUAAAAGAUAAACCUGACAACUUUCUUGCAAUAUUGCAAAAAUUGAACUUUUUAAUACCUGAAGAAAUCUCCGCACAAAUCGUGGAUGUCAGUCGAUGAAUAUCGGUGUUAAAGAACAGGUUUAAAAAAGGGUUAUUCCCAAUAGCAUAAAUUUUUCAAGAUUCCAAUGAUUACGAUGGAUAUUAGGAGUUUAGAUCACAAAAGAAACUAGGAAGAUCGGUUAAAGUCCUCCAGCUAAAGAAUGUACGUUUCGUAUCGGACGGUGGCUUUUCUCGAAGUAGAAAGCAAGGAAAGGGUAGUUCGUGGUUCGCGAGCCAACGAGCGUUGGUUGGAGCGGCAUGGGACAAAUGUUGAGGGUGGAGAGAAAGAGGAAGGGAGAGAGAAAGAGAGAAAGAGAGACAGAGAGAGAGAGAGAGAGAAAGAGAAUAAGCAAGUUUGGUCGUAUGCGCGAGGAUAGGACAGUAGGAGGGGAUAACGGUAGAGCAACCGAGAUGGAAGAGUGGGGAAAGGAAGGAGAGUGAUUCGCACAUGAGUGAGAGAGCGAAAGAGGGAGAAGUGGAGCGAGAGGAAAGACAGGUUAACUGGCGAGCGAGCGAGUGAGCACUCCGUGAAGAAAGAGGCGCACUAACUUGAACGAAGAAGCGGCGAGGAGGGCGAUGGGGUAUGUAUGGAGGCUUAAGAGAGGGGCGGGAAAUCUUAGGAGGGGCGCCAACGUCACGGCGCAUUCACUCACCGGCCGUCGCCGACGCCGCUCUGUGUGUGGCACACGCAACCCGCACGACACGGUCAGUUCUCUCUCGACUACCCCCUCGCGCGCGCUGCGGCGCGCACACACGCGCUUCCUCCUGCGUUUUGACGCGUGAUCGCUCGGCCGCGAGAUCGUACGCGUUACCACCCCCGCACACCAUUUCCGCGAUCCUCUUCCCCCGUACCGGAGUGAAUUUUCGCCCUCGUGGUGUCCCGGAGCGACUUUGUGAAACUCGAAAGCCCAGUGUUUACCCGCGCGGUGUUUACUCGGUGGUACACGCGGCGGGAGUUAACGUGGGAUCUCCCGCUUGCCAAAAGUGUUUGCAAUUUGCGUUUAUCUACCUAUUGUUUUGGUGCGGUGUCUCAAAAACGUGUUGCGCACGUGUGUGCGCCAAAAUACUUUUGGGGAAAGCUCACCCACGUGUGAGUCGUCGCAUACCCCAAUCGCCGACGCCGACACCGACGCCGGUCGGUGGUUCCCUCGUACUCUUUUGUGAUACCUUCGCUACAGGAAAAACGGCAAGGGGGUGGUUCAGAGUAACGACAAGGCUGCAAAGAGGAGAGAAAACAAAGGGGAAGCUAACAUUUUCAUACGUACGUCACGUCACGUACGUGCGUGCAUGGAACAAGUAGACCCACGCAGGACCAUAAAGACGCGGCACGAGAGAGAACGCGGCGGGACAAGGUGGCGGCUCCGCUAAGUCACCAUCUUCCGGCGGUAGCGGCGGAAGAAAGAUGUCGAGCGUCGGGAAUAGUCCUGAUAGAAUGGCUCUGCAAUCACACUAUUCCUUACGAUGGCACAACCAUCUCGCUCACAUACAACGGGCGUUCGAGGAGCUGCUGCACGCGGAGACGCUCGUCGACGUGACCCUGAUCUGCGCCGACAGCAGCGUCAAGGCACACAAAGUUGUCCUCAGCGCCUGCAGUCCGUUCUUCGAGAGGAUAUUCGCAGAAAAUCCGUGCAAGCACCCUGUGAUCGUGCUAAAGGACUUCUCGCAUCAUGAGUUGUCCACUUUGGUACACUUCAUAUAUCGCGGCGAGGUACAGAUCGCUCAGGAGGAAUUACCGGGGCUGAUGAAAGCCGCGGAGUGUCUGCAGGUGCGUGGGCUGUCAUCAUCGGAGCCGAGGCCAGUGUCGACGGAGCCCAGGCCGUCGUCAUUGGCGUCAACGCCGACGCGCGAUCUCAUUCUGGCCGAGUUACCAACGCCAGAAGUCGCGCGGCACGACACACCCGAAGAGGACGAAAACGCAUUGGAGAGCACGAGGGAGAUGAAACCCAUCCUGUUUCAACCAACGAGGGACCAUCCGGCCAAGCCGUUCAUUGGCCACAUGAACUUUGGUAUCCGCGAGAGUUGCGGCUCGCCGUCGAUGCCACGUCGGAAACAGGCGCGUCCGCGCCGACGAUCCGGCGAAUUGUUGCCGCAAGAUCUGAGCAGACGCUCGACCCCGCCGGUGAGCUCGAGUCCGUUGACGAGCGUCCUUAAUCUCAGCGGUGGCCAGCAUCAGGCACAGCAACAGCAGUUGUUGCUACAGCAAUCUCAAUAUCAUCAACAACAAUCGAUUAACAACAACGCACAGAAUUCACAGCAGCAGCAGCAGCAGGAGGACAUGGCGGAGAAUCUCUCGAUGAAGAAACCAAUAUCGCCGAGUGGAUUGGAUCAGCAUCACGUGAAGACGGAGGGCAGCGAAGCAACGAGCAGUCCUCGCGGCUCGCCGCUCACGGGAACGAGUCUGCUACAUCAUCCGGAUGGACCUGUACCGGACAUCCCGGCGGCCGUCGCGGCGGCCGUAGCGGCAACUGUAGCGUUGUCAAUGCCGACAACAAUGCCGACGUUGUCGCUGUCGCAACCGCCGCAUCCUCCCGAGUACCUGACAAGUCAGCUGACGAGCCUCGGCCAGUUGACGAGCCAAUGGCUGCCCGGGCAUCCGCAGAGCCAGCUGCCGCCGCCGCCGCCGCCGCCGACCCAAAGUCAUCAUCCACGCGAAGACAGUCCGCACGGUUCCGGUAGAUCUCAUACGUAUCAGCAACAGCAACAGCAAGAAUCGGCGAUGCCACGACGUAGCGCUAUGGCGAUGUUCACACCAACAUUAGACGGCGUGACAGCUCUAGGCGGUGGACUUUUCUCGCAUCAUGCCACUACGUAUGACAGAGGCAUCCUCGCGGAUUCGCUUCUUACGGAUAAUUUUAAACCAGAGGCGCUGCAAAAUCUUUUUGGUACUCCCAAUCUCGGCCAUGCGCCCAAAAAGACAAAGAAGCAUCGUAAUGAUGGUGACGCGCCACGUAGAUGGACUGAUCAUAAUACUCGAGCACUCGCGGUUAAUAGGCCGAAAGGGCAACAUAGCGCUCCGCGAGGUGGACCACCGCGAUCAUGGACAAAUAAUGAACUCACACUGGCCCUGCAACAUGUCUGGGAAAAAAAGCUCACCACGUCGCAGGCUAGUCGUAUGUUCGGUAUCCCGUACAACAGCUUGCUGAUGUACGUGCGUGGCAAAUAUGGGAAAAGUCUGAAGCUUGAGCAAUUACGUAGGAACUGUACCGGCGCCAGUACUCCCGAAAUUAUGAACAACAAUAACAUCAAGCCCGUCCAGCAGUCCGCGCAGAUGAGCCACGGGCUCACCGGUCUGCCGCUGCAGCAUCCGGGGGACAACAGCGGCUAUCCUCAUCGCGGUCUACUCGGCGGCAACAUGCCGCAGCCGCAGGGCUUCUAUCCCGCCGAUUAUGCCGCCGCGUCUUUUCCCCUGGCAGUGAAUAUGGUGCAUAUGUUACCUCCGAGCGAGCAGAAAGCCUUCGAAUCGUCCACGAACUCAGGCGGCGACGGAAGCGGGGGAGGGUGCGUAGGAAGUGGGGGAGGGGAUGGGAGCGGCAGCAGUGGCGGUGGUGGCGACCUGACGAACUCGCAGACCAGCGAGACACCAUCCCCCAUUGUUGACCAUCAUCAUCACCAGGAGUCGUCGAUGCAGUCACAACCAACGCAGUCGACGCCCGCGUUGCUACAGCAGAACGGUUCCGAUUAGAAUUGAGUGGAACCGUUUGGCUGGAACGGUACGUUCUUAUAUGUUGAUGUUAAGCGAUGAUUGAUUUUGUUACCUUUGUCCCAUCGAAGACGGGGCAAAUGGUCGAUUAAUCCUUUGGCUGUGAAUAUCAUAACGCGAUCGGUCAUUGCGCGAUUCUGAAAAAUAAUGAUAUGACUUUGGCACCAAUAGCGUGGAUUUUAACAUUUAAUGUUUAUAUAAUUCUCAUCAUUUUAGUAUUUAUAUAAAUGAUGAUUUAUAUAAAUAUCAUUUUUUUACAGUAUUGUUGCUUAUAUAAUCCGACGAUUCACGAAUAUAUGUCGCAAAUGCGAUUUAAUUAAUUAUUUUAAUUAUCUUAAGGACAUCUGAAGCGGCUCUUAGACACUUAGUAGUAUUAUAUUAUUUGAACAUUGUAUAAUAUUAUUGAUCAUCUAAGAGCCACUUUAGGAGAUUUGAAAUUAAAUGUUUUUAGACUGGUAACUGAUAUCGCCUUUAUGCCAGAGAUUUCCGUAUAAAUUUAAAUGCUUAUGAAACUUUUAUUAUAUUUUUUAUUAAUAAGGGAUAUUAAUAAUAUUAUAACUAUAGAAUCAUUUGAGUUAUUUUUGAAAUAUUUUAAAUACAAAAAUCUAGAAAACACGUAUAUUUUUAUACGUGUUUAUUUUGAAGUUUAUAAGGGAUGAAGUAAUUCCCUUAAAACUAACAUUUAUAUUGGAUUCUUUGAACAAUUAUCGGCGAAAGUGGGAUAUAUAAAAAAAGUUUUGGACAAUAUUUUUUAAUGACUUUUAUGAGAUUUUUGUAUUUAACAUCUUUCAAGAAUUAAAUCAGUUUCGGAUAAUGAUUACAUGUUUCCUAUGACCAUCGUUUGUCGCAAAUUCAGCAAUAUAUUUAGCUCUGAGAGAUUUAUCUAUAGAUCUUGGAUAUUUUGAAAAAACACUUUCACAUGUCGCAGCCAGAGGGUUAAUCACGCGAUAGUUAAUUAAGCAACCCCUUUCGUGGAACUUCUCAUCGCAUGGGGGUUAUAUAGAUUUACACGCGCGCGAUUCAACACGAGACACUAUCCUUCACAAGACUGACUUUUACCAACCGACUCGCAGCUCUCCGCAGGGUACAUUCUCGAUGAACAUUCGAGCUUUGCUCAAUCCACGCUUAAGCGCCAUUAACUGCUCUCCGCUCGUUUCUGUGCUUGCCACUUGGGUUUCGUUGCUGUGUCUCUCCUCUGUCAGUGGUUGGGCCGCGUGUACCGAGAUUUUUUCCGCUGUCAAGAACAAUAGAUUGAAGAAUUUUUUCAUCAGAUACGGAUCCGUAUAGUUUGACGCUCGAUAAACAGAUUUAGAAACUGACUCUUAGGGUCUAUUCAACAGAUUUGUUUUCUAAAAUUAUCUAAAAUCUCUUUAAGUGACUAUAAAAUUAUAAAAGACAGUAAAACUUUUAUUUGUUGAAAUGAAAACUUGAUAGCAAAAUGAAUGUACAUUCCAUCUUUGACGUUCAGGCUUAUUCAGUCAAAUUUACUGACGACAUCGAAUAUCGUCAUCUUGAUUUAGCAUUAUUCUUAGUCCGAUUUUCUGGAAAAAAAAAAGAUCGUCACAAAUUGGAGCUUGUCUUCGCGAGAACGAAAUAGUAUCGAAAACAUUGACGACACCUUUGCGAGAAAAUUCUCAGUGUCACUGCUACGAAAUAGUUCCUGCUGUAAAAGCGAUCAUGUACCAAAUAGUAUUCGCUAACGGUUGAACAAAGAUGUCUGCUUACGAUCGUCAGGAAAAGCUCGUACGGUCUGUUGUCAGUAUAGUACUCUUCCCGAAUAACGGAAAAUAACGAUUAUGUUUACUAUAGAUAAAGAAUCUGAGGUGAGAUGGAACGAAACUUUUUUUAGUGGCGAUAUAUAUGGCGGUUAAUUAAUGACGGCAUGAGAAGCUCAUUUCAAACCGUUUUUGAUUUAACAAAAAGGAAAGAAAUAUAUAGAAUAAUUUGGAAAGAUUAUACAAAACGUAAAUUAAAUAUAUAAAGACUAGAUAUCAUAAUUGAAUGUUACAAUGAAAUUGAAAGUUAAACAUACUUAACAAUAUUUCUGCAUUUCCUUUUUCGAAGUGGAGAUGAAAAUUAUUUUAUAAAUUAAUUUACAGCUUUAGUUAUUGUGCAAUUAGUAAUUUAUUCUUAGUGUUAUAUUCAAAUUAAUAAUGAAAGAAAAGAUAAAUUGGGACAAUAAAGAAGCAUUUGUUCGUUAUUUAUGAAAAAGAAAUUUAAUAAUUGACAAUUUAUCUCAGAUUAAAUUAUAAUUAAAUUACAAUUAAUAUAAUUAAAUUAUAAUUUAGAUUAAAUUAACGUAUAAUAGGUGUAUUUUAUAUUCUAGAUAAUUAUGUGAUUAUAUGUGAUUAUACAAUUGUGAUUCAAAAUUUUUUAAUUGAAUUAGUUCAAUUCGAUGCUUUUAAUAUAUGUAUAUACAUAUAUACAUAUAUAUAAUUUUUUAGUUAACUUUUAAUUCUAAUUUAAAAAUAAUUUCUAGUUUAAUCGAAAGUCAUUGAAAUGGGUUUUUAAUGGAGCUUCUCUCUCAAAUACAAUUGAACAAGGUGAUGAAAGUAUCAUUGUCACGAAAUCGAACAUUACUAGUGCACAAGUUGUCUGCAACUUUUGUUUCAUUUCUGAUAAAAAUCAAUAUCGCCGAAUUGCGCGACGGACGUGGAUGACGCAUUAAACAGCGACAACUUGCCAAGAUUUCCUGUUUGCCAAUUCCUCAAGAAUCUUACCUGUUGUCAGCAUGUUCCAAUAUGCUUAAUUUUUAGGGACUAAUUUGUUUACCCGAUAGCAAUAUGUUAUGCCUGUAAAUAAUAUUUUUAAUUGUUGACCGUUUUAUUCUGCUCGCUUCUUUCUGUUCAAAUUUUUCGCGAUACGUUUUAAAGAACUUGCGAAUACGAGCAGAACGAAAAAUCGUGCGAUCUGUCGGGACGCGAACGACUAUCUCUGGUUUGGCUCAUUGCGAACAGAUAAUUUGACGAGGGACGAGACAAGCACGCGCAAUUGCCGAUCCUGGCGAGUACCGAAAAGCGAAAUGCUUUUCAAGGAAAAUUAAGGAUCGACAACGGUAUAAUUUCGGAGAGUUCAAUUCUUGAUUAACGCGAAAGAGACAUUUAAAAAAGUGUUCAUGCGCAGUAUCUGUAGCAUCUGAAAUUCACCGAAAUCAUACUGAUUUGAAUAUCCGGAAGCAAGAAAAGAAAGAGAAAGAAUAUAAAUACGAAACAAACAUACUUUUAAUCGUAGACCACAAUUUCACAAUAUUUCGACAACCAGACGGAAGCGCAGGGUAACUAACACAUCAGGGAUAGCCACAGACAAAUCUACGAUAGAUAAAGAAAAUAUGCUACAUAUUAAAUUGUAAAGGUAAUGAUAAAUGAUUACUUAGGUAAUUAUUAAAGUUAUAAUAACGAUAUGAUAUUAUUUCGUUAAAGAGA